ACCUGAUCGGGAUCACGUAGAAGUCUUCAUAAAACCUGACCAAGUCUGAGUACAGGUCUAAACAUGCAGACUAUCUUUGGGAAGAACGGGAUCGAGACCCCAGAACCGGUCCAGGCCGUGGUUCGAGGUUGUGUUCCAGACUGGUUGGAGGGGACUCUGAUCAGAAAUGGCCCUGGUUUAUUCUCAGUGGGAGACUCUCGGUACAAUCACUGGUUCGACGGACUGUCCCUCAUCCACAGCUUCACCUUCAAAAAUGGGGAGGUGAGCUACAGGAGCAAGUUUCUGAAGAGCGACACGUACAAGAGGAAUGUCAAAGCCGACCGCAUUGUGGUGUCUGAGUUUGGGACCAUGGUCUACCCCGACCCCUGCAAGAACAUAUUCUCCAGGUUCUUCACUCACCUGUCAAACGUGAUUCCAGACUUCACUGAUAAUAACCUGGUGAACAUUAUUCGAUACGGAAAGGAUUUUUACGCUGCAUCGGAGAUCAACUACAUCAACGAGAUCGACCCCAGCACUCUGGAGACCAUUGGACGGACAAACUACAGGAACCACAUUGCCCUGAACCUUGCCACAGCUCACCCUCACUAUGACAAGGAAGGAAACACCUAUAACAUGGGCACAGCCAUCAUGGGGCUGGGCAAACCCAAAUAUGUCAUCUUCAAAGUGCCGCACGACACAUCAGAUUCAGAGCAUAAGAAGCCCGCUCUGAGAAAGCUUCAGCAGGUGUGCUCCAUCCCGUUCCGGUCUCUGCUCUUCCCGAGUUACUUCCACAGUUUUGGGAUGACCGAGAAUUACAUCAUCUUUGUGGAGCAGGCCUUCAAACUGGACAUGGUCAAACUGGCCACAGCCUAUUUCAGAGGAGUCAACUGGGGCAACUGCCUCAAGUUUGACAAGGAUGACACUACCUUGUUCCACGUGGUGAAUCGUCACACAGGAAAGAGUGUAUCCACUCAAUUCUACGGUGCCGCCCUGGUGACCUUCCACCACAUAAACGCAUACGAGGAGCAUGACCAUGUGGUGUUUGACCUCAUUUGUUACCAAGACACCAAUCUUUACGACAUGUUUUACAUCGACAACAUGACGCAGGAGACCAACAAGUUCAUUGAUGCCAACAAAGAAUUUAGCCCUCCAGUCUGCACACGCUUUGUCCUGCCACUCAACAUCAGCAAGGAGUCAGAGAGAGGAGUGAAUCUGGUGACGCUCAAAGACACAUCAGCCACAGCCGUGAUCCAGGAGAACGGCUCUGUUUUCUGCACGCCGGACGCCAUUUUCCAAGGGCUGGAACUUCCAAGAAUAAACUAUGACUUCAACACCAAGAAAUACAGAUAUGUGUAUGGAUCCAGAGUGGAGUGGUCACCCCAUCCAAACAAGAUUGCUAAAGUGGACAUAGAGACACGCACUCACCUGGAGUGGUUCCAGGAGAACUGUUAUCCAUCUGAACCAGUGUUUGUGCCGUCGCCUGGGGCAACAGAGGAGGACGACGGUGUAAUCCUGUCCUCGGUCAUCUCUCCUGACCCCUCCAUCUCUCCGUUCAUGUUGGUCCUGAACGCUCGGACUCUAGAAGAACUGGCCCGAGCCGAGAUCCCGACCCAGAUACACAUGGACCUUCACGGGUACUUUAUCCCCGCCUCCAAGACCCACUGAGACCGGGACUAGACCAGGAAUAGGCCAGGAGUCAGUGGUGGAAUGUAACAAAGUAAAAGUAGUAAAGGACUGUAAGUACAAAUGUUAGGUAUCUGUACUUUACUUCAGCAAAUUUUAAAGUGCAUACAUUUUACUUUAACUACAUUUUACUACAUAUGGCAGCAGGUAUCUGUACUUUGUACUGCAUUUUUGAACAGGACUGAAAAGUAAAAGUAUUUUUGAUUAUUGUUUAAGAUCUGCUCAGCUGAAAAGGCUGAAGGUUUAUUUUUAACACGCUGGUAGCUUGAGAAAACAAAAAACAAAUCCACCACCAAAACUAGACCAGGACCAAACCAGAACUAAACCAGGAUUAAACCAGGAACAGACCAGGACUAAACCAGGACUAGACCAGGACUGACCCAGAACUAAACUAAGACUACACCAGGAAUAAACCAGAACUAGAUCAGGACUAAACCAGUAUUAGAACAGGAUUGAACCAAAACUAGACCAGGACUGAACCAGAACUAAACCAGGACUACACCAGGACUAAACCAGGACUACAUCUGGACUAAACCAGGGCUAAACCAGGACUAAACCAGGACUGAACCAGAACUAGACCAGGACUGAACCAGGGCUAAACCAGGACUAGACCAGGAAUAGACCAGAACUAAACCAGAACUAGAUCAGGACUAAACUAGUAUUACAACAGGACUGAACCAGGACUAGACCAGGACUGAACCAGAACUAAACCAAGACUACACCAGGAUUAAACUAGGGCUAGAUCAGGACUACACCAGGACUAAACCAGGACUAAACCAGGACUAAACCAGGACAAGACCAGGACUAGACCAAGAAUAGACCAGGAUGAAACCAGGACAGAACCAGAAACAGAACUAAACAUAUAUUAAUCAUGUAGUAUUAUCUUAUCUUAAUGAUAAAAUGUGAAGGUAAUUUUAAUUUUUGCUUGUAUUUUCUUUUGUUUAUUUAAAAAUAAAAACUGACUGUUAUUGCUUCCAAAAAUAACCUGUUUACUACAAUUGUUUACACUCCUAAAAAGGAUUUUGAGUUUGGUAUAUUUAAAUGUAUUCAUAUUUUAAAAAGUCACUAGUGUUGGUGGUGUUAACCUCAAAUACUUUUCUGUUUGGUCAAAUAAAAAUAAAAUGUCCUC